ACGUUUGUUUAGCUUGCAAGAGCAGCAGCCAGCACGCCCAAGACUUGCAGGUUUCGAUGCUCUGAACUCCACUGUGAGACCUCCGAGCAAGAGCUUCAGAGGACAUCUGUAACCCUAAAAAAACCCUAAAAAAUGGCGUUCGUUUCAUCGUCUGUAAUUUUAGGGGUUCCUCUGGUUCCACUAUCCAUCAUCUCUGCAAUCGUGGGCGGCCUCUUAGUUCUUUUUAUCUUCUCAGAUUACUAUCGCCGUAGAAGAAAUGAAGUCAAAUUCAUUGCCCAGAUUUCCCCGGAAACUUCGAACCGGAAGCCUUUGAAGCCUCAUAUUCAGAGCUCAAAGAAAUCUCAUGCUAAGCCUCAGUCAUCAGCUGCUGACAAGGAUCAUCAUAAGAGGCACCAUCCUUUGGAUGUGAACACUCUAAAGGGGCAUGGAGAUUCUGUACCUGGUCUUUGUUUCUCGCGUGAUGGCCGGAGUUUGGCUACUGCUUGCGCAGAUGGAGUUGUCAGAGUAUUCAAGCUAGAUGAUGCUUCCAGUAAGAGCUUCAAAUCACUUAAGGUUAACUUGCCAACGGGGGGUCACCCCACCGCCGUUGCAUUUUGUGAGGAUGCAUCAUCUUUUGUUGUGGCUGCGCAAACAAUUUCUGGUUCUGCCUUAUAUAUGUAUGGUGAGGCUAAUACUAAGACAGAAAAUGGAACAAAGCAGCAACCCAAGCUUCCUCUCCCCGAAAUCAACUGGGAACAUCACAAAGUGCAUGACCAGAGAGCUAUCUUAACUCUUUCUGGUGCAACUGCAAGCUAUGGAACCGGUGAUGGGAGCAUGAUUAUCGCUUCAUGUUCUGAAGGUACUGAUAUCAAGAUUUGGCAUGGGAAAAGUGGGAAACUCCUGGGAGUUGCUGAUACAAAUCAGCUCAAGAAUACUAUGACAACAAUUUCUCCCAAUGGGCGUUUCCUGGCUGCUGCAGCUUUCACAGCAGAUGUCAAGGUGUGGGAGAUUGUUUAUGCUAAGGACGGCGCUGUGAAGGAGAUUUCAAAAGUUAUGCAGCUCAAGGGUCAUAAGAGUGCUGUGACUUGGCUGUGCUUUGCUCCAAAUUCAGAACAAAUCAUUACAGCAUCAAAGGAUGGUUCCAUCAGGAUAUGGAAUAUUAAUGUUCGAUAUCAUCUGGAUGAAGACCCAAAGACUUUGAAGGUGUUCCCUAUACCACUACGCGAUGCAAAUGGCUCAAUUUUGCAUUAUGACCGCCUCAGUGUUUCGCCUGAUGGAAAGAUACUGGCUGCGACCCAUGGAUCCAUGUUGCAGUGGCUAAGUAUGGAAAGUGGAGAAAUCUUGGAUACAGCUGAUAAAUCACAUGAAGGUGAUAUCAUGGGAAUUGCCUGGGCAUCUCAGCCUAUCCUGACAGGGGGUGAGUUUGCGACAGUUCUAGCCACUUCGGGGGCAGACAAGAAAGUGAAGUUUUGGGCAGCCCCUAAACGCGUUCUGUCAUAAAGAAUUUAUUGCGACAAGUAAAAUACGAAAGAGCAAAAUGGACUAAUUCUUUUAUGGAUACGAGAGGAGAUGGAUCAUGGGUUUGUGGCAAGGACUCCGAUAUGGACUUCAUAACCAAAACAUACCUCAGUUAAGACAUAGAGAACUAGUGAGUAAAUCUAUCUUUUUUAUUUUUUAUUUUUUAUAUUUAUUUUUAUUGGUUUUGGGGAUAGCUCUUUGUUUGCAUCUCACAAAUGAGCAUUUCUUGGAAUGUCCAGUCUGUUUUGAGAAACUGUGUUUUUUUUGGGUUCAACAGUUUCAUUCAUAGAUUAGAAGCUAAUAAUGAUAAAUAAUAGUUUGGAAAUUUUGUUUUGUAACAUGCUGUAUUGGAUAAUCAUAUUCUCUUGGAUACAAUGCUUUUGAGUUUGAAUGUGGGUUCACGUGCAUGGGUGCACCCACAAAUCUAUGAAUUGUUCAUG